AUGUUGAUAUGGGCAUUAGACAAUCCCGCUCCCGCUAACUACUUGAUCAUAUCCGGCGACAUAGACCUCUCCACCGCGCUUCACAAACUCAGCCUGCGAAGUUACAACAUUCUUCUCGUGCAUCCGCCGCAAGUUUCUCCCUCUUCGCCGGCGGUGGCCCUCUCUACGUUGCCGAUUCCGACUAAAAUAGCCUCCGUUCUCGUCAACUCCAACUACGCCGUCUCCAUCUUUGCCUACGGCGACAUCAACCGCAUUCCGCGGCCCAUCCAACAUGCCCUCUCCAACAUCCCCGCCGAUGUGAAAGAUAGGGGCAAGAACAUCCUUGUGGACAUGUUGAUAUGGGCACUAGACAAUACUGCUCCCGCUAACUACUUGAUCAUAUCCGGCGACAUAGACCUCUCCACCGCGCUUCAAAAACUCAGCCUGCGAAGUUGCAAUAUUCUUCUCGCGCAUCCGCCGCAAGUUUCUCCCUCCUUCUUCGCCGCCGCUAAAGUCGUUUGGCGUUGGACAAUCCUCUCUGCCGGCGGUGGCCCUCUCUAA